AUGGACUACCUCUCCAAGAGAAACGACGCCCUCAACGUCAAUGGCAACACUGUCAACGGCAAGACCGUCGACAUUGCCAUCACCGUCCGCGGUUCUGAUUGGUACUGGACUGUCUGCGCUGUCAUGACUACUUGCACCUUCGUCUUCCUCGGUCUGGGCAUUACCAAGCCUCGCCAGCACCGUAUCUUCCACUACAUCACCGCUGCUAUCACUAUGGUUGCCGCUAUUGCUUACUUCUCCAUGGCUUCCAACCUCGGCUGGACCCCUAUCGAUGUUGAGUUCAUGCGCAGCGACCCCGUCGUUCGCGGUGUCAACCGUGAGAUCUUCUACGUCCGCUACAUCGACUGGUUCAUCACCACUCCUCUCCUCCUGAUGGAUCUCCUGUUGACAGCCGCCAUGCCUUGGCCCACUCUCCUCUUCGUCGUCUUGGUCGAUGAGGUUAUGAUUGUCACUGGUCUCGUUGGUGCUCUCGUCCGCAGCUCUUACAAGUGGGGUUACUUCGCCUUCGGCUGCGCUGCUCUCUUCUACGUCGUCUGGGUUCUUGUCUGGGAGGCUCGCCGUCACGCCAGCGCUCUCGGCAGCGAUGUUGGCAAGGUCUUCACCAUGUGCGGCUCGCUCACCACUUUCCUCUGGAUCUUGUACCCCGUUGCCUGGGGUCUCUGCGAGGGUGGCAACGUCAUCUCCCCUGACUCUGAGGCCAUCUUCUACGGUAUCCUCGACCUGUUCGCUAAGCCCGUCUUCGGUGCUCUCCUUAUCUGGGGUCACCGUGGCAUCGACCCUGCUCGCCUUGGUCUUUACAUCCACGACUACGACGAGAAGGACCCCGCUGUUAAGGACAAGGUCGGCGCUCCUGGCCCCAACGUCCACCCCAACACCAACAACAACAACACCGCUGCCGCUACUACCGACGGCCAGACCGCCGAGACUGUCUAA